GCCAGCUUACAGCGAGCGAGAGAGAGUGAAAGAGAGAAAGAGAGGGGUAUUCUUUGCGUUCCUUCUGCCAGAGUGAAGGAGUGGGGAUUACUGGCCGGAGACACAACACGAGGAGAGGGGACAAGAGGGGAGGACAGAGAAGACUUUUCGCCGGAUAGCGGCAGCUGUCAGAGACAGGGAGCAGGGGGGACGAGGAAGGAGCAAGGGGAGAGGGGAAUCAUGCCGUUCCGGCCGGGCGCAGCGGCGCCUUCCCCGGCUGUCUCGCGGGACGGCGGCAGCCCCUUCUGAGGGAGGGGAUGGCGAGGAUCUGUGUGGUUCUGCUGCGCUGCGUUCAGUGCCAUGCCCGGGGCUAGGAGCCAGCAGGAGCCUCGCUGAAGACAUGGCCCAGGCAAAAGGGCGGAGAGAUGGGAUUUCGGCAUCCAACGAGAACACGCGGCCGGCGUCGGGCGAGGGCGUGGCCUGGCAGGGCCCGCGCACUGUGGUCCUGCACAAGAACUCGCAGGGCUUCGGCUUCACGCUGCGCCACUUCAUCGUGUACCCGCCGGAGUCCGCCCUGCACCUCAAGGACGACGAGAACGGGAACGGAAAGGGAUACCAGCAGAGUCGCCUGGAACCAAUGGACACCAUCUUUGUGAAGAAUGUGAGAGAAAGAGGACCUGCUCACCAAGCCGGCUUGUGCACAGGGGAUCGAUUGGUGAAAGUCAAUGGGGAGAGUGUCCUGGGAAAGACCUACUCCCAGGUGAUCGCUCUGAUUCAGAACAGUGAGAGUGUGCUGGAGCUCUCCAUCAUGCCAAAGGACGAAGAUGUGCUGCAACUGGCAUAUUCUCAAGACGCCUAUCUAAGGGGUAAUGAGCCAUACACAGGCGCAGCCCAGGACCUGCCCAUUCCUCCGCCCCUCUGUUACCCGCGCAGCAAAGCUCAGCAGCCGCCCACCACGUCGGCGCCCAUGGGCCAGAACCAGCUGGACAACUGGAGCCGCUGGCCAGGAUCCUCCGGGCCGUCGUCGCCACUGGAUAACCGCCCUGGGAUGGGCAGCCCGGCGAGCUGGCAGGAGGGGCGGGCCGGCGACCCUGGCGGCGUGGGCCACAGCAGCCCCGCCCACCGCACGGAGGAGAUCCAGUACGGUAUGACCGGGCAGCAAGCCACGGGACAGACCAGGGGCCGCUCGAUCUCUUCCACCUCUUCCUCAGUGGGGGCGCUGACCAGCCCCCAGCACUUCCACUACACCAGUCCCAAUGCUGCCAUCGCCACUGCCACGCAGCCCCCGCCCCCACCCCCACCACGAAAGAGCAGCCCAGCCUGGGCCAGCCCCCCCCAGCCGGGCCUCAGCCGGAGUGAGCUCUUCCAGCAGGCCCUGACGGACUGGUACUACAGCCAGGUGCCGGAGCGGAUGGGCCCAGCCAUGCCCCCGCGCCACCGCAGCUACUCCCAGGACCGCCUGGGUGAGGCGGGUGGGGCGCUGGGGCACCACCGAGCGGGCUGGCCCCACAGCGCUUCCCAGGACACCCUGCUGCUGCAGCCUGGCGCUGCCCCGCUCGGCGACCCCUACUGGGGCGGGGAGUGGGGCGGGCGUGGCGGCCUGCCUUCCAGCCGUGCCCGCUCCGAGAACCUGCUCGCCACCAAGUACGACCGCUUCGGCCGCUCCUUAGAGGCGCUGGACCGGGCGACCGCGGUGGUCUCGCCCCGCUUCGAGCGCCAGGCCUGGCUCCAGCAGGCCCGGGAGGCCCCGCCCAGGACCGAGAGCUAUCAGAGGCCAGGGAAUCAUUACGGGGGCCCGCCAGCGCCCCCUGCAGGACGUCACCCGCACCAGCAGCAGCUGGCCCCGCACCCCCAGCCGGCCCCCCCGCACAGGAGGCUGCCCCCACAGAGCAUGGAGGAGCAGCCGAUGGGCUACCGAAGCUACAGCCCCUCCUUCUACCGGAAGACAGGCCGCUUCCUGCAGGCCCACUCCUUCAGGGACCCCUCCUACUCCGGGCCACACUUCAGCUGGACGCCCAGCCCAAAAACCAGCCCCCCUGAGGGCGUCGCCGCCACGGCUCUGGUGCCCUACGCCCCCUCACCCCCUGCGCCCCCCGCGGCUGUGCCCGAGCCCCAGGAUGGGGCGCGGCGUCUCACCAACCACGAGAGGGCGGGGGAGGAGCGGCCGGCCGUGGCACAGGGUCAGGAGGUGGUGCUGAGGCAGAAGCCGCCCACGGGCCGACGUGCCACCGUGCACGCGCUCCGGCACCCUCACUACGCCCUGCCUGCGGAUGCGGCGGACACCCUGGGACUCCCCGCCGAGCCCCACGACUCCGCAGUCCCGCCCUUGCGGGACGCCACCCGCCGGCCCAAUGGUGCUCUGGCACCCCUGUCGCUGGAAGACGAUUCGCUGGCAUCCAUCCCAUUCAUAGGCCCCAAAGUGGAGGUGAUCCCUGCAGAUGAGCCAACGAGUCCCGGCGCCGACCUGUGUGCCCGCCACGUGCCUGCUUCCUCGGUGGUGUCCAGCGCCAUGAGCUCCGCGCCCGCUGUCACUACCAGCCCCGCCUCCCCCACUUUCACCCUCCCCCUCACCAGGCUCUUCUCGCACGACUGCAGCAGCAUCAAGUCCCGCUGCUCCUCGUACCUGCUGGCCAUCACCACAGAGCGCUCCAAGUCGUGUGACGAGGGACUCAACACAUUCCGGGAUGAGGGACGCGUGCUCUCGAGGCUGCCAAAAAGAGUCAAGAGCUUUUUCACAGAUGAGUCCCUGGACAGCCUGGGAGCGGCUGAGGAGGCCCGGUCCAAACGCCACUCCACCUCCGAGCUCGGCAACAUCACCUUCAGCGACGUGCGCAAGGAGGGCUGGCUGCAUUACAAGCAGAUCCAUACCGAGACGGGCAAGAAGGUGGGCAGCGGCAUGCGGCCGUGGAAGCGGGUUUUCUCCGUGCUGCGCUCCCACUCGCUCUUCCUCUACAAAGACAAGCGGGAGGCGGUUCUGCACGGCGCGGCGGCGGCGGGGGGCGGGGCCGGGCCGGGCCACGGCGAGGACGAGCAGCCAAUCAACAUCCGCGGCUGCCUGGUGGACAUCGCCUACAGCGAGACCAAGCGCAAGCACGCGCUACGCCUCACCACGCAGGACUUCUGCGAGUACCUGCUGCAGGCGGAGGACCGCGACGACAUGCUGAGCUGGAUCGAGGUCAUCCGGGAGAACAGCAAGACGGACAGCGAGGAGUUGGGAAUCUCUGGCCAGGCACUCAUCAGUAAGAAGCUGAAUGACUAUAGGAAGCAGAGUCCAACGGGCAACAAGCCAGACUCCUCCCCCAAGGUGCCCCGCAUGAAGCCGCCCUUCCUCCUGACCAAAACGGACACCACUGUGGGGCCGCCACGCUCGCCAAAACCCGAUGCCAAGGAUGAGAGCAGCCCCCCCAAGGCAGCGUGGGGUAUCAACAUCAUGAAGAAGGGCAAGAAGGCGGGGCCGAAGACGUUUGGGGUGCGGCUAGAGGACUGCCAGCCUUCUGCCAACAAUAAGUUCAUCCCGCUGAUUGUGGAGAUCUGCUGUGGGCUGGUGGAGGACAUGGGUCUGGAGUACACGGGCAUCUACAGGGUCCCGGGGAACAACGCCCUGGUGUCCAGCCUGCAGGAGCAGCUCAACAAGGGUGGCGACAUCAACCCCACAGAGGAGAGGUGGCAGGACCUCAAUGUGGUCAGCAGUCUGCUCAAAUCCUUCUUCCGCAAGCUGCCCGAGCCCCUCUUCACUGAUGACAAGUACAACGACUUCAUUGAUGCCAACCGGAUGGAGAAUGCAGGGGACAGGCUGAAGACCAUGAAGAAACUGAUCCACGAUCUGCCAGUUCACUACUACCACACUCUGAAGUUCCUGGUGGGCCACCUUAAAACAGUGGCAGAUCAUUCAGAGAAGAACAAGAUGGAGCCUCGUAACCUGGCACUGGUGUUCGGCCCCACGCUGGUGCGUACCUCAGAGGACAACAUGACCGACAUGGUGACCCACAUGCCCGACCGCUACAAGAUCGUGGAGACGCUCAUUCAGCAUCAUGAUUGGUUCUUCAAUGAAGAUCUGGACAAAGAUGAAAAGACACCAGUGGACACAGCGGACCUGCAGCCUGUCCCCAACAUCGACCACCUGCUGUCCAACAUUGGGAGGACAGUGAUGCUGGGGGAGGCCUCGGAUUCAACCAACAGCGACUCAGCUAAAUCCAAGGGCUCAUGGGGGUCGAAGAGGGACCUGAACGCCAAGGACUUCCUCACCCUGUCCAUCAUAACCGCCGUCACCCGGAAGCGCAAGAAGCGGCCCAACGCCCGCCUCCUGGGCAGCAGCACAGAUGAGGACUCGGAGCACGAGCCUGUCAAAGCCAGCAACCGCUGCGAGGGAGAGGGAGAGGGAGCGGAAGGGGGGGGAGACACGGCGCCCAGAGCAGAGGGGGAGGAGGACGACGAAGAAGAGGAGGAGGAAGAGGAGGAGAGGGCAGAGGAGGAGGUGGCGGCGGCCAGCGGGCCAUGUGAGGAGGAGGAGGAGGUGGGCGGUGCGGAGGCGCUGCUGCAGGAGGAGGGCAGGGCCGGGCUGGCGCCGCGGGCGUGGAGGGGCCCGGACGACGCGCGCUCCAUCGUGUCGGGGUACUCCACCCUCUCCACGCUGGGCCGCAGCCUGGCCUCGGAGGGGCGCGGGGACGAGGCCGACGAUGAGCGCAGCGAGCUGGUGAGCGAGACGGACAACGAGAGCGGCUUCGCCUCGCGCUCCCUCACCCAGGAGCGCCCGGAGAAGCCGGCCCAGCCCCCCCGCAGCUUCCUCUACACACACUACAAGCCCCAUGUUCCCGCCCCUGCCCCCUCAGGAGCCACGCCCGCCCCCAAGCCACCCCCGCAGACACUGGAUCCAGAGGACAGGAGUGAAGGCGGGGCUCGAUCCACCACCCCCUCGUCCUCCUCGUUCUCCUCCUCGUCCACCACUCACAGGCUGCACAGCCGGCCCUCCUUCAACUCCCACAAGCUCAUCCAGUGCGACACCUUGGCGCGCAAGAAGAUGAAGGGGGAGAAGGCCAAGGCGCGCUCCCUGGACCUGGAGCUGGAGCUGAGCUCCACCGCUGAGGAUGAGGGGCCAGAGGGGGUGGCAGCAGGAGGGUUACAGGGCAGCCAGCAGGGGGCCUCCAGGGCCCAGGCCUCACAGGACAGCAGCCUGCACAUGACCCCUGCGCCCCCGCCCACCUCCGCCUGUCCCGCCCACCCCGCCAGCGAGGCGGCCUCCUUCUCCCCCGGGGGAGCGGGGCAGGGCUCGCUGGCCGAGCAGGUGCGGGCGCGUCUGCUGGGCUCAGCCGACGACCUGCGGAGCGUGGGGCUGCGCAAGCAGCUGUCCCCAGAGACGCGCCGCAAGAAGCGCGCCUGGCGCCGCCACACCGUGGUGGUCAGCCUGAGCGGCCAGAGCGACGCACCUACGGACACACCCGACAAGAGGCUCUCUUCGGCAGAGACCUCCGCGCCUGACGCCGAGCAGCCUGGCGCCAAGCCAAGAGGCGCACCCCGAACCCCUGAACCCCACAGCCAGGGUCAGUCGGUGCCCCCAGGCCCUGAACACACAGCCCCCUCAGCACGGCACACAUCCACCUCCAGGUUUCACCAGUACCUGUAGUAACCAUGCCUGGACGGCCUGGCAGGCAUCGAUGAUGAAACAGAACCUCCCCCCAACAAAAAAAAGGAAAAGAAAGUAUAGCCACCCUCCCACACCUGUCCCCUUGCCAGGCUGCUGAGCUGGGGCUGCCAAUGUUGUCCUGUGUGUUGACAUAGCAUUGAUUUGAGACAGAGAUGUGACGGCACAAGGCAGUGGUCAGUGACAGCCAGUGCUGGGGCCAGAGGCAGGGGCUCAGCCAGUCAUAGGAACAGCACGAGAGGGCUAGUCUCAUGUGAAUACAAUAUACAUCCAGUCCAUUCACACUCUCCCUUACAUUCACAUAGGCUCCAUUUGUAUGGCAGGGGUGCUGCAGUGUUGCCAAAGCCUUUACAAUGUGUAUAAUGACAAGAUGGAGCACGUUACAGUCAAUGUAAGAGCUCAGUGCACUGAUACCACGCUGUGCUUCCAGAAAGACAGCACCUCACUACAGCAAGUUGUAACAUAGUCCAUCUCCAAUAGCCAGUGAAAGACAUGCCACACAAAAUUUUCCCAGGAAUCCUCAAUGACAGCUGCACGCUGUGGUUAAGGUGGCCCCCCAUAAUGUUACAUUUCCAGGAUGAUGUACUGUCAUAAGCAACAAGGCAGGAGAGGUUGGAGGAGUACACACACCCUUGCAGACACACACACACUCACAUGCACACACAUACACACACAUACACUUAAUCAGAGCAGUCCUGCCGCUAACAGUAUUACACAGACCUGUUACAGCAGGAGCCCAAGUGGAGGGCUGAUAGCAGAGCCUGUUUAAGGUGUCUUUGUUUAUCCAGAAAUGUGGCGUAGGGAAAAGUCAGACCUGUGGUCUUUGGUGCUUUUUUCUAAAACAGUUAUUGUAUCUCCCUGCCACUCCGACGGACCUGGGAAACCAGCAUGGUGUUUAGCCGUGAUCCAGAGGUGCUACUGGCUGUACUACUGCCCCUCCAGACACACAGACAUGGACACACAUAAACACACAGCCCCGCGCUGCCUGCAGCACUGCUCUCUGCCUGUCUGUCCGUCUGUCCGUCUGUCCAUGUGCGCGUGCACUUGGGUGCCUGCAUGCAUGCCCGUACAUGCAAAUGUGUGUAUGAUUGUGUGUGGAACAAUUUUGUAACAUUUGUACAAAG